AGUGACCCAGAGGCGGUGUGAGGCGGAGGGACCGUCGGGGGGCGCCGCCGCCGCCGCCGCCUCCACCAGCAGCACCGACCGUGCCGCGCGAUCGGAUUCGUCUCGAGCCCUCCGGGAACGCACCGCCAAGUGGGCCCCGCGCCUCUGCCUCCGCCCGCGGCUCCUCAGCGCUCGGCUCCGCGGCCAACUUCCCCUCGCCAGGCUUGGCCGGCAGGCGGAGGCGGCGGCGCGACGCCGGCUCGUCUGCUCGCGCUCCUCGCGCCCGCCCGCCUCAGCCCCGCGCCGCGGCUCGGGGGCCGCGCUGGGAUUCCGGCCGCCGGCGACCGUCCGGAAAUAAUGCAAAAGGUGUCCCAAGGCUCCUGACCAGUGAACAAAGAUUUGAGAAAGACAGCCAAGCUCAUGUUUUCUCCUGAUCAAGAAAAUCAUCCAUCUAAAGCACCAGUCAAAUAUGGUGAACUCAUUGUCUUAGGGUAUAAUGGGUCUCUCCCAAACGGCGAUAGAGGAAGGAGGAAAAGUAGAUUUGCUUUGUUUAAAAGACCUAAGGCAAAUGGGGUGAAGCCAAGCACUGUGCAUAUUGCUUGUACUCCUCAGGCUGCAAAGGCAAUAAGCAACAAGGACCAGCAUAGCAUAUCAUACACCUUAUCUCGGGCCCAGACCGUGGUGGUUGAGUAUACUCAUGAUAGCAAUACUGAUAUGUUUCAGAUUGGUCGGUCGACUGAAAGUCCCAUUGAUUUUGUAGUAACUGACACAGUUCCUGGAAGUCAAAGUAAUUCUGAUACACAGUCAGUUCAGAGCACUAUAUCAAGAUUUGCUUGUAGAAUCAUAUGUGAACGGAAUCCCCCCUUUACAGCACGGAUUUAUGCUGCAGGAUUUGACUCAUCAAAAAACAUCUUUCUUGGGGAGAAGGCUGCAAAAUGGAAGACUGCAGAUGGGCAGAUGGAUGGCUUGACCACCAAUGGUGUCUUGGUUAUGCAUCCACGUAAUGGGUUCACAGAAGACUCUAAGCCUGGAAUAUGGAGAGAAAUAUCAGUGUGUGGAAAUGUAUUCAGCCUGCGUGAAACCAGAUCAGCUCAACAGAGAGGAAAAAUGGUGGAAAUUGAAACCAAUCAGUUACAAGAUGGCUCGUUAAUUGAUCUCUGUGGUGCAACGUUGCUGUGGCGUACUGCAGAAGGCCUUUCCCACACUCCUACGGUGAAACAUUUAGAAGCUUUAAGACAGGAAAUCAAUGCAGCAAGACCUCAGUGCCCUGUAGGGUUCAACACACUAGCAUUUCCUAGUAUGAAGAGGAAAGAUGUUGUCGAUGAAAAACAACCAUGGGUGUAUCUAAACUGUGGCCAUGUGCACGGCUAUCAUAACUGGGGAAACAAAGAAGAACGUGAUGGAAAAGAUCGUGAAUGUCCUAUGUGUAGGUCUGUUGGUCCCUAUGUACCUCUGUGGCUUGGAUGUGAAGCUGGAUUUUAUGUGGACGCCGGCCCUCCAACCCAUGCGUUUAGCCCAUGCGGGCAUGUGUGUUCAGAAAAGACAACUGCCUAUUGGUCCCAGAUCCCACUUCCUCAUGGUACUCAUACUUUUCAUGCAGCCUGUCCCUUUUGUGCACAUCAGUUGGCUGGUGAACAAGGCUACAUCAGACUUAUUUUCCAAGGACCUCUAGACUAACAGACAGUUGUCCUUCAGGACUGCAUUAUAAAUUUAUAAGCUAAGAGAGUUGGAUUUUCCAACCUGUUGUCCACGUCACAGUUUCUCUGCUCUGAUUAUUUGCAUUAAGAUGAUGAAUUUUUUAAAACAUUUAUAACAAAUAGUAGCAAUUUAUGAGCAAAUAUCUGGGAAACUCAACAAAGGAAUUUCUGAAAGUACCAGACUUCUGAAUUCUGAGUUUUGAAAAUAUAUUUUGAGGAGAAAAAGACAUAGUCUAAUUUGAUGCCUUCAUUUUAGUGUUUUUGAAUCACCCAUCCUCAGUGUUGAAAAAUUGUUUUUGUAUAACUGAGGGUAUUGUUGGUUCAAACUAUGUUAGUUUACAGUUUGUUGCAAACAUUGUAAAAUACAGCAACAUGUAUAUUAACUUUUUCUAUUUAUCUUUACUAGGGAAAAUAUCUUAGAAUGUUCUUGAUAGAGUAGCAUGGUAACAAUGGUGUCACACUACUCGGUGUGAUGGUAGUUUAGUGAGCAUAGCUCAAGGAUUUGCAAGGUUAGGAAGAAAGGCAAGAGAGCUCUCCCCACCCCAUCUCAAUAUGGAAUUUAAUAAAUUACAAUACUUUGUAAAAUCGAAUUCAUAUUAAUUACCAUUGUGUAAAAGGUGUUUGUUUUUAACCACAUUGAAGAUAAUCAGGAAAAAAUUUUUUCCUUAAUGUUUCUCUGAAGUGUAGUACUAUAACAAAAAUUUAAUGCUAAAAAAUAUUUUAUAUGCGCCUUUGAAUAUGCAAUUUAAUCUAGAUUAUCUAUUUUUCUCCCAUGAUAAUUAAUCUGUUUUUAGUAUCACAACAUUUGGCAAGUUUAUUUUUUAGAUAUAAACUGUGGUUCAUCUGUUCACUGUUCAGGGGGAAAAAAAUCAUUCUCAUGAGAAAAAGCAUAAAUUAACAGAAAAGGAAAAGUGGUUUGAUUUGCUUUUAGAAAAAGAAAUGCCUAAUUAAUUACUCUAUAUUUGGCUUAUCCACACAUUAGAAAAUUAGAGAGAAAGGAUUGGAUGACAGUAGUGCCUCCCCCUUUUUUAAUCUAAAAGACCAGCCUUAACCAUGGCUUGAAUCCUAAAGCGAGUUGCCACAGUGUGACUCCAAAAAAUGUUUGGUUGGCAGAUGAGCACCAAUGACAGCAGAAUGGAGGGACAUAUUUGCAUGGUCUCUUUUUUUUCUCUAAUUCAGUUAAGUUCUUUGGGAAGCAAGAAAAGGUUUAUUUUCCCUCCCACCUCACUUAUUUUUUGCUUAUUUUUAAUGUACCACAAGAAAAGUAGAAGUUGCACUACAUCAAGAAAUCAAUACACUUCUUGAUUAGACGGGAUCCUUUUUAAUCUCUUGUUUUCCUUUAGUUUGAAAAGUUGUAUAUUAAUUGUAGCAAAUUUUUGUAUGUGGUAGCAUAGCUUUAAUUUAUCCUUUUACAAAGCUGUUCUGAAUUUUCUUUUUGUUUUAAAAAAAACAACUUGUUGCUUAGAAGCCAUGAGCUGUUUUGUUUUACUUCAACUUGUCAAAAUUCCUUGUUUUUAAAAAUGAUCAUUUGGGUUCACUCAGGAAAUGCAUGUCAGGAAACUUGUAUUAUAAGUUUACUAGUUGUGAUAUAUCAGUAACUGCUGUUACCCCUUUUUCAAAGAAAUAUUAAUUGAUUUUGAAGUUUUCUAGAUCGUCACAUGUUUGGUGACUAAUUCAAGGAAAUCAAAUCCUGUGUUGUAUUUGUUCUAGUCAUUUCUAUUCAGGCUAUAUAUUGUAGCUAAUUUUUAUUUGCAAUUAAUUUAUUCAAACUAAGUAAAUACUUUCAAAAUA